AUGGCGAUCGAUGCGGUGAAGGAGGAGUAUCGGUUGGCGAUGAUGGAUCCGGGGGACGCGGCGGCGGAGCGAAGGAAGGCGGCGGGGUACGAUGAGGCGAUGUUUGAACCGUACGACGGGACGACGGCGGUGGCGACGACGGCGGCGCCGAAACCGAGCGCGUUCGGAAAGUUGUGGGGAGGGGUGAAGUCCAAGCUCGGGAUCGCGAGCGCGUUCGAUAAGCUCGAGGGGUUGAAGAAGACCGCGCCGUACGCCAAGGGGGCGGAGCUGGCGGAGGAUAUGCGCGAACGAUGGGAGACGAGCGACUCGCCCGUGGUGCACCGCAUUCAAGACUUUCAGGAUAACCUGUUCAGCGAGACCGAGCAAGGCGAGGCGUAUCGCAUGAUUCGUCAGCGAGAUCCGAUGUUUAACAUUAACGAUUUUAUCGCCGAAGUGCGCAGAGAUAUUCCCAAAGUUCUCGGCGCCUACCUCAAGGGCGACGUCGAGGCGUUGAAGCAAACGAAUAUUUCGAGCGAAAUGCUCGAGCGGUUAUCCGGGCAGAUGAACCUUUGGAAGCACGAAGGACAGCACGUGGAUCCGAGGAUCUUAGAUUUAAGUGAAGUCGAGCUCAUGGAAGUUCGUUUGAUGGAAAACGAGCCCCUCGUCGUGCUGACUUUUAGUUGCCAACAAAUCAACUGCGUUCGCGACAAAUCCGGCGCCGUCGUCGAGGGCGCCGAGGACGACAUUCAAUCCGUCCACUACCUUUGGGCCAUGCAGUUGGUGGAUAAGGAGUAUACCACCAAAGACGGGCGAAAGUACACCAAGCCCACUUGGGCGCUUCGCGAGCUCGUUUUGCGCGGCAUGAUGGCUGUCGCGGCGUAG